AUGGCAGGCAACGGCGGUUUUUGCCGCUCCUUCGUCGAGCUUUGUGACCUGAACGACGGGUUCGAGUUGCACAAACUGCUCCGGACGACGACGGGCACACACCCGACAGAAGAGGAUAAGAAGGAUUCCUGUGAUGACGACAUAGCAGCUGCUGUUGUGGCAGCCUGGAGUGCAGGGGAUACUCCAGAAGGCUUGGAGUCUGCUUUAGAUGCGCUGCAAAAGUGGAGCAAUAGGUAUCUCGAUCGGAACGCAAAAGUUCGUUGGAUGCUAACUCCCAUGCUGUGGCUAGCUGCAAGGACGAGGCAGCUGGCCGUUCAGCUGGACGGCUCCGACUCCCGAAGAUAUCGUGAAAGAGUCGUUGAGGCCGCACGAGCGCUUUUCACCAAGCUCCACCGAGACAAAGACCGCCGCGAGGGCGCUCUGGUGAUUUGUUGUGAGCUCCUUCGACUCUACAGCAGCUUGGGACAGGCAUCCCAAUGCGCUUUUGUUCUCACAACGGUGGGCAAUGCCUCAAAGAACAAUGCGUUUGAUGCCGUCAAACUGCCAAAGUCCUUGCUGGUGACUUUGUAUUUUCUCUGGGGCAAGCACCUAGUCAUGGCGGGUAGCAUCGAGGAGGCCGAGGACAAGCUCAACCGAGCGCUGGCCAUUUGCCCUCUGAAGGGUCAAAGACACUGGUGGGAGGAAAAUGCAGACUACACAGAGAAGGGCUGGAAGAAUGGUUGGAGCGUGGAUGGAUAUCCCUAUGCGACUUCCACAGCCCACUUCUUGAACGUCGCCGAAGGAACCCAUCAAUCGACAUCUCGAGUGACAGCGCCACCCUGGGCACCUCACUAUCCCUAUGUCCGAGCGUUGCAGGGGCCCAGUGCACCCUCCAAGAAGAAGCCAGCCGAAAGCCUUGCAGAAGAGGUGGAGGAUUUGAUGAAUUUCGGAUCUGGGCACUUGUCAGCUGCAGUGAUUCAGGUCUUGGAUCGUUUGGAAGAGGCCUUUCGCCGCUCGGACCCCCAGAGCAUGAUGGAGGCGGUCUCGGAACUCGGUCUCCGAGGCGGUUUCGAGGAGUCGCUCUUGGCCUCGCGUGGCGCAGAGCUCCUGGAAGCUUCCAACGCGGAGCGCAGCGGAAGCGGAAGCGGAAGGGAUCGCGGUCUGAAGGCCUCGCCGAAUCCGAAGCUCGCGGCUCUCGAAGCGGAGAUCCUCCGGCGCUUCGGGCGCGCCUUUGCGCAGCAGCCGGAGCGCAGCCGGGCCUUCGUGGACGAAGGCCUUCCGGAGCCGCUGCUGGAGCCGCUGCGGCGACAGCGGAUGCUGCGCGCCGUGCGGGCGAUGACGGCGCCGAAAAGCGCCCCCGUGACGGCGCCGGCAAGAGAGAGAAGCGAAGGAAGCGAAGGAAGCGCGGCGAGGAGCAGAGGAGGAGGGUACUCUGGGUGUCAACCAGAUCAUUUGCCGGCUCAACGAGCUGUUUCUUCCUAUCACUUGGCCAGCAAGGAUCAAGCGCAGCUGUCUCAGGCUGUUCUUGAAUUGCCCUGGUCCGGGAAUGAGAAGUGGGAACGACGGUGGGAACAGGACUUGAUGUGGCAUCCGGGCAUUCUCUACGGAGCGCACCAAGCCCUACCGCAGCAAAGAUAG